AUGUCGGCUAGUAUAAUUGUUCAAGCUACACCAGUAAAAGCGAAUCUUGAGGGACUCCUCGAUGAAAUACGAAAAUUGGAUCUAACUCCGUUAGACCAAAAAGCGACAGUAGAAGUAUUGUGCCAGCAAUACGAAGCAAGGGCGAGGAUCAUCAAAGAAAAGUUGAUGCGCCUCGAAAAUACGUUGGCACUCUUGAGAAGAUCAACGACAAAUGGUUGGAACACAUUCAACUAG